AUGUCAUUAGGGUCACUGAUAAAACUUCUACAACAUUCCAUCUCUUUAAAUUCUCUUACACAACUCCCAAUGAUCGAUGAUACGAUCAAUGGUACGAUCAAUGUCAACGCCUCACCGACUAACCUUAAGAAUAGGCGAAAUUUAGAGAAAAGGAGAUUCGGACAGGAGCAUACUCCUCAAGCUGAUGCUACUUUUCAGGAAGUAAAAGAUAUAGCUCAGGGUACUGACAAAGAAGAACAAGCUGGAAAUUUAUCGGGUGCAAUGGUUAGAGCUCUUUUGGCAAAAGCUCCCGCUUGUGAUCAGCAAGACAGAGCCGACGAAGUUAUAGACCUUGGUAAAGAACUUGGUGGGGAUAAACUAAAUCAAAUGGUGAAAGUUGCCCAAGCAUAUAGACAGCUUGAACGUAACACUCCUAAAGAUGGUCAACCAUCUGCACUUUGUAACAAAGCGCCAAGAAACAAAGAACUCGAUGGAUUAACACAAGCUCAAGAUCCAACUGGAGGUGCAAGCAAUACCCAAGAUCCUAAUGCUCAAAAUCCAGCAAAUACCCAAACUCCUACAACUCAAGAUCCAACUGGAGGUGCAAGCAAUACCCAAGAUCCUAAUGCUCAAAAUCCAGCAAAUACCCAAACUCCUACAACUCAAGAUCCAAAUUCAAAAGGUAAUAUUUGUACAUCACCUGCUGAUCCUAAUACAACUGGUAUGCCUAAAGGUAAAAAGGCUAAAAAGGAUAAAAAGAAAAAAAAGAAAAAUAAUGGAAAGAAAAAUAAUGGAAAAAAAAAUAAUGGAAAAAAAAAUAAUGGAAAAAAAAAUUUGUUAAUAACAACGAAUAAUGUUACUAGUUCUGUUAAUCCCACUUCAACUAAUGGAGCUGUUAAUGCAGAUGCCGUUCCUUCUUCUACUCCCACCUGUACUCCCACCUCUACUCCCACCAGUGAUUCGAGUCAAAAUAAUCAAAAUCCUGCAUUCGCUAAUCCCGUUGGUGGUGUUCAAAUGCCACUGAUAACAAAGAACAGUGAUGGUACUUUUGAUGUUAAUGGAAAUAAUUUUAAGAAUAUAGGUGCUGCACAAAACCGUCAAUGCGAUAUCCAACAUAAUGCUUGUUUCAACAAACUAAACGGUGGCGAUAAAAGUAUCACUAAUACAGAUUGUGAUAAUCAAGAUAAUGUUUGCAAAUCUGGUCCUCCA